ACAUGGUGAUAAGUUGGUACCAUAAUAGAGAGUGUUCUGAACUGAGCCGAGAUGCGCAAAAAAUUAUACUCUCCCUCGUGACCAUUUAUAAAGCUUCUCAUUCGUCCUAAUCAUGCGUUGAUAUUUUUAGGUGAACUUUGAAAUAUAUUUUACAUCGUUUCCAUUCCCGGUUAGGGAUUUCAACGAAUGAUGGGGAUUUCGAAUUAGCUAAGGUGAACAACAGUACAGAGGGACAUCGAUGUACGAUAUAGUAAGGUUGUUUAAAUUUUCGGCGGAAUGGGCGUUUCUUUCAACUUUUAUUAUGUAACAAUAAAUAAAAGUUAUAAAACAAGUACAACUGUCACGAUGUAAGUUGCAUAUAUUGGCACCUUUCUUUCAGGUACAGAAAAUGAACCGGUGAUCAUUGUACAACAUAUUUUUAUCAUGGUAUUUGUUCUCUGCUCGAUCAGAAUUUCCAGAAACAUCUGCCUGUCGUCGUUAAAAUUAUCGACUGUCAAACACUCCACUAAUGCCACGUCAACCGCACAUAAAUUGUCUGCUACCCAGACGCAGCAAAAAAUUAUACCAGACACAAAAAGUUUACGAGGUCGGACAGCUUCAGUGAAUUUAAUUGAUUCUGUCCAUCCGAAAGCUGCUACACGCGUCAGCGAUGGGGUUGGAAAAGAGGCGCGUUCGAAAGAGGAACAAGAAUGGCGAUACCUGGAGUUGGAUUCUAGCAAACUACAAAAGCAUUGCUUCAUGCUGUCUAAGAUAAGAUUGACGUCCUUGGUAGUGAUAACGACAAUGGGAGGCUAUGCAAUAGCCCCUGGAGCUUUUGAUAUUUCAACAUUUCUCGCAUGCUCUGUUGGAACUGGUUUAGUUUCUGCGACAGCAAAUGCUAUUAACCAGUUUUUUGAGGUUCCUUUUGAUGCCCAAAUGUCAAGAACAAAAAACAGAGUUCUAGUCAGAGGUCACUUGACUCCAGGUCAUGCCAUAAUUUUUGCUACUGUAUCAGGUGUCAGUGGACUGUUAUUGUUGUAUAGCCAAGUUAACGGACUAACAGCCGCGUUGGGCGCAGCUAAUUUGAUUCUUUACACCCUUGUAUAUACUCCAAUGAAACGAAUUAGUAUUUUAAAUACGUGGGUGGGUUCUGUAGUUGGAGCCAUACCACCGUUAAUGGGAUGGGCUGCAUGCGUCGGUGACGUGAUGUCACCUGGUGCUUGGAUAAUGUCGGGAUUGUUAUACGCAUGGCAGUUCCCACAUUUCAAUGCUCUGUCAUGGAAUUUGAGACCGGAUUAUUCGCGUGCUGGUUACAGAAUGAUGGCGGUUACGAAUCCAAAGCUUUGUCGAGAUACAGCUUUACGUUAUACCGGCAUACUAACAGGUCUUUGCUACUUGGCACCCGCGUUAGACGUAACGAAUUGGUGGUUUGCCGCCGCAUCGACGCCGCUCAACGUAUAUUUUCUGUACCUCGCUUGGAAGUUUCACCAACAUUCGGACAGCGGAACUUCGCGCAAACUGUUCCGUUUCUCAUUGAUUCAUCUACCUUUGCUGAUGGUUUUUAUGCUUCUAAGUAAGAAACAUUGGUACGGUGACAAGAAAGAGACAGGCUCAGUACUUCAGGAGGAAAAAGAGAACAAUGUUCAUAGAAUAUUAUACAAAUUGAUCACGCCGUCUUCAACCUCGUAACGAUGGUGAUUGGCUUUAGAGAAAUUAUAAACGAUCGUUACGUACAAGUUACCAUCGGUGUACGCAAAGAAAAGUUUGCGACAAAACUUACAUUUUGUAGCAUAAAUUUGUAAAUAGUAAUAAUGAUUAGGUACGGUCGUUA